AUGACUUCAAUCUAUCCACUCGGAACAGCGCCUGUCAAGCCUGAAUUCCUGUUGCAAGUGAACAGCGGUCAAAGUGCCAACGUACCGGACGAUGAUGCAGCUGAAGGCACGUCGAGCCACGUUCAGGAUCGCGCGGGCGCAGGAGAAGACGAACGUAGUAACGUUGGCCCAUCUCGUAAGAAGCGUAGCAAGGCUGAAAAGAAAGCACAGCGAGGCGCAAAUAAGGGGAGACGUUUUGGAAAAAUAAGAGAUGAAGUUGAAGUUUGCUGGAAAGUCGCUGCAGGGCAAAUUUGUGAAUUCGGUGAUGAAUGUCGGUUCACCCAUGACAUUCCAGCAUAUCUCGCCGCUAAGCCUCGUGAUAUACGGAUACCGGAUACUACUCAAUCACUCGAAGUACCACCGUUCAUUCCGCCACAAGAUUUUGUGGCCGAUGCGGAGUACCCCUCGUUGGACAUGGGCACCAUAUGCCCCGUUUUUGCUGAGAUGGGAGAGUGCAGAUUCGGGCUCAAAUGUCGGUUCCUUGGAGGACAUAUCCGUAAAAGCAAUGGAGCGCUAGAGAUGAUCAGCGAUACAGAGAAAAGGGCCCAUGCCGCGAUCUCUGCCACGGAACUAAAUUUCAUGUCGCCUGAAGCACUCAAGAACCUCCGAACAAAAAAGUAUAACUUUCCUAUAUCAAGUGCAUACCUCAAGGAGAUCCAGACGGCCGAAGAAAAGGGGAAGGACACCACGAGUCAUGCAGCCGCCGCCGCAACAACGGAGAAUGUAGGCGACGAUUUGCCGUCCACAGCAAUAGAGACGAUCGCGGAGAGAACGGGAGAAACGGCAACGGUGACUCAAGUUGAUACACCUGAUGUUCCAAUGCGCUUUAACGAGAAGAAACGGCUUCAUUGGUCCGGAAAAACGUACUUGGCGCCACUUACCACUGUUGGGAACCUGCCGUUCCGUCGCCUUUGUGUAGCAUAUGGCGCCGACAUAACAUGUGGAGAAAUGGGUCUUGCUAAUUCGUUCCUGGCUGGGUCCAAAGAAGAAUGGUCGCUAAUUCGCAGACAUCCGUCUGAGUCCAUAUUCGGCGUCCAAUUGGCCGGUAACAAGGCCGCCACAUUGGUCCCAACGGCGGAGACCAUAGCCAAGGAGUGUGCUGGAAAUGUUGACUUUGUUGACAUCAACUGUGGUUGCCCCAUUGAUCUAGUCUUUCAGACUGGCAGCGGUUCAGCGCUCCUAGAUACACCUGGCAAACUAGGCAAGAUAAUCGUCGGGAUGAACAAGGCGUUGGGAGAGAUACCAGUUACCGUCAAACUCAGAACAGGGGUUAAAGAUGGUCGUAACACAGCUCAUAAACUAAUGCCUCGUUUGAGUACAGAAUGGAAUGUCGGAUGUAUAUCGCUGCAUGGUCGAACUAGGCAACAACGGUACACCAAAUUGGCAGACUGGGAAUACAUCAAACAAUGCGUGGCAGCUGUUCGCGGAAAAGAAGAGGAAGAAAAUUGUCCAGCAGUUCCUAUAUUCGGAGGCGGAGAUUGCUUCUCCUCUGAGGGGUACUGGUCUGUGGUUGAGAACAGCGGAGUAGAUGGCGUGAUGAUAGGUCGAGGUGCUUUGAUAAAACCGUGGAUAUUUACGGAAAUCAAAGAACAUAGGGAGUGGGAUAUCAGUGCACGAGAGCGAUUAGACCUCAUUAAGAAGUAUGCUGAAUUCGGUAUCAGCCAUUUUGGGUCCGAUACUGCAGGUAUCAACACCACCCGUCGGUAUCUGUGCGAAGCGCUAUCUUUCCAAUACCGUUACAUACCGAUCGGUUUGCUGGAAGCAUUACCAGGGCGCAUCAACGAUCGGGCUCCCGCGUUUCGUGGUCGAAAUGAGCUCGAAACAUUGCUGGCUAGCCCCGAUAGCAGAGACUGGGUCAAGUUAUCUGAGAUGUUCCUUGGACCUGCUCCAGCGUCUUGGACAUUCACGCCCAAACACAAGAGCAAUGCUUAUGGGGUCGAAGAAAGUCAGGGAUAA